UCACGCCAGCGCGUUCACGCCCUUCCUUGAGUAGAGUUGUAGUUGUUGUAGCAGCAGCUUCAACGUUAGCUUGUAGUUCUAUCCCUCAGCAGGCUAAACCAGCUGGAGAAAUCACCACUGCUACUCACAUAUCAUCCGAGAGGAGUUCAUCUACAGGCGAGAUCAUGUCAGAUUUCUCGCUGUUAGAUGCUUUAGGAGACGACACCCAAGGCAAGGCAAAGAACAUAGGGAACACUAACCCGAUGGCCCCUGCUGGUAACCCUCCACCUCCUGCUAACCCGGGAUGGCCCGGUUCAGCCCCAGGAGCUCCCACCCAGCCCUCCGCUCCGGGUGACUAUGCUGGUGGAUCUUCUGGCCCAGGAGCGCCAGGGCAGUUCCCGUAUUCCUCUGGUCCUGGAGCACCAGGGCAAUACCCAGGACCUCCUUCAGCACAAUACCCAGGACCUCCUUCAGCACCUGGUGGGUUCCCCCCUGGUCCUGGGAUACCUGGACAAUACCCACCGGCACCAGGAGCCCCAGGGCAGUUCCCCUCCAGCCCCGGAGCCCCUGGGCAGUUCCCAGGGCAGCAGUACCCUGGGCAGUUCCCCGGGCAGUACCCACCUGAAGGAGCUCCAGGACAGCUCCCCGGAGGCCCUGUUUCUUACCCAACUGGACCAUUUCCUUCUGGCCCAGGAGCUCCACCUGGGCCUUAUCCAAAUGUGCCUUACCCAGGAAGUCAGCCAGGAGGAGGCAACGGGAUGUACGGACCAGGUGGUCCAGGUGCAUUCCCCCCUCCAGCUGGCCCUGGUUCUUUCCCUGCCUACCCUUCUGGAGGCUUUCCCCCAAUGCCCACUGGGUCAUGGGGACCACCUGGAGGUGGAGGCUUCCCUCCUGCCCCUGGCCCCUUUGGUCCUGGCCCUGGGCCUAUGGGUCCGUACGGUGGGCCUGCCGCUCCAGGAGGCAUGAUGAUGGUGCCGUAUGAUCUCCCACUUCAUGCUGGACUUAUGCCACGACUUGUAAUCACAAUAGAUGGGGAGCCCGUUCCUGGUGCAGACAGGUUCCAAAUUGACUUCAUCAAAGGUCCAGACGUCGUCUUUCACUUAAAUCCUCGAUUUCGUGACCAAACAAUUGUCAGAAACUCCAACCUAGGUGGAUGUUGGGGGCCAGAGGAGCGGGAAGGAGGCUUCCCAUUUGUUCCUGGACAGCGUUUUGAGCUGAAGAUCCUCGUGGAGGAGGACUCGUUUAGAGUGGCGGUGGACGGCUCCCAUCUGCUGGAGUACGAGCACAGAGUCGGCGGGCUGGAGGAAGUGACCCUGCUGCGAGUGACCGGAGACGUCAUCCUCCACAACGUAGCGCCCAACAUGAUCUGAGUCUCAGAGCUACUAAACCACACGCUGUACAGGAGACCUGGGUCACACUAUUUGAAAUCUUUUCAAAUACCUUGAUGGGAGUUUUUGAGGCACAAAAAGUCAGCGAAGUGCAAUCUUUGCCCAUCCGGCACUUCGUCAUAUAUUACAGAACAGAUGGAAGAUUAACACAAGUCUGCACACUAUAAUCCUUUUUCUUUAUUUUGCUGGAUGAUAUCUCUCUUUUUUUUGCCACUCACAAUCCAAUAUAUUUUAUGACAUAACAAGUAGUGAAUGAGCUAAAGUGCAUCUAAAACAGGCAUUUUAAGGAAAUACUAAUUUAUACUUAAUGAAGAUUGUAGGCCAAGUGGAACAUAUUUUCCUCUAGUAUGCUGUAUUUUGUUUACAGUACGUGUAUGUUUAUUAUCCUGUUCUUUCUAUCAAGAUCUUGAUAAGCCUUUGUAACGCAUGAGAGUGUGAUGCUGAAAAUCAACCCGUUAAAACCCCCACAAUACUCGCUGGCCGUUUAACACUCAGAAGGCUAAUGAUGAAGUUUCUUCAAAUGUAUUUAUAUACCGACUUUGAGCUUCAGUAUUAAUCCUCCUGAGCUCUCAGACUGGAGGGCUACGUAAUGUUUUACGACUUAUGAUUUCAUGUUGAAGUCAAAUGGCAAAAAAAAAGGUGAGGCUCAAAUUAAAGUAAAACGUCAGAAAGUGGAGGGAUGGGGUCUCUGAUUUGUUGCCAAAGAUAACAGUAGUACAAUAUUUUGAGAUGAAAUGCUUAGAAAUAAAGGGCAACAAACUGAUAAUGACUGAUAAUGCUGUUUGAUUCAUAAUAUUGUACACGUUUCAUGAGCUGCCUGCCUGUGCACAUAAUAAAUACUAGUUUCCCUGUU